UGUGUGUGUUUGUGUGCGCGCGUGCCUCUGACAGAGACUUGCAAAGACAAUUGAAACAACUUCUCAGCUCGGUUUCGGUCCAGGAGUUUGGCCCCAGGAGCCUCUCCCGACAUCUCCACUGCGCCGAGACCCCCCGAAGCUGGUUUGCUGUUUGUUUGUGGGGUGUUUUGUGGGGUGGUGUUGUGUGAGAACGCGAGGAGCGCAUGGACGAAACUCUGGGAAACUUUGGCUUCAUGAUCCUGAUGAGUUCUUGUUGUGAGUGCAGACCUCGGAUCCGGACUAUGUUUUUGGGACUUUCUUCGGGGUGUUGUGGACUGGGAGACUUGGUGAAACGCCUGGGGAAAGUUGUAGCCUGAUUGAGUUUGGCCCCAGCAGGUCUCCGAGACUGUCUGCAGCCUUCUCUUCAUGAGGUUGGAGAUGUUGAGCGCUACCUGGGACCGAAUGUGACUCUGAUGCUGCACGACAGCCAGAGAACGGGGACCACCGGCUGCUCAUGGUGCGCGCGCCGUGCACAGGCUCCCGGUCUUUGGCGACCAGUUUAAAUCGAUGCGGCAUCCUCGGAGAGGCGGACGGGACCGACUGGGCUCAUCCAAAGCUGUCUAGGUGUGUCGCAUGUUCAAGUCGAGACGCUCGGGUCUUGUUCGGCGACUCUGGAGAAGCCGUCUGGUCAGCGAGGGCGACGGACGGGAUGGAGGCAGACGAGGCGCGGGCGGCGGCGGCGGCGGCGGCGGCGGCAGACACCCGGGGAAGCUCCACAGACACGAGCAGCGGUCGGUGACGCGCUCCGAGCCGGCGCCGAGACCCUCGGCGGAGGCUGGAGASGCGACGGAGAGGGAGGAAGAGGAGGAACAGGAGGACGACCGGGGUGCCAUGUGCGUCCCGGAGCGCAGCAGCAGCAGCUCCGGGCGGGAGCAGGAGGGCGACAGCAGGACGGUGACAUGCUGUCUGUUCGGGGAAUGGGCCCUCAGACGCCGGGGCCCCUACUGGGCCCCGAGGAAAGASGGCGCUGGAGGUGGCCCCUGUCAGUGCGCACCAAGACGCGCGGGGCUGGAGGAGGAAGUGUCGGGCGCAGCGCACGGCUUCUUAAAGAGACUCAAAGAGAGCUCUCUUGACGCCUUGGUGAGGGCCGUGGACACCGGGGGAGGGAUGAGCAGCGAGUGCGUCGUGGUGCCCGGGACCGAGCUGCGGGUGGGCGCCCACCACGCCUCCCCCCAGUACCUGUUGUGUAAGCUGUUCCGCUGGAGCGACCUGCCGCUCUCAGYCCGGCUCAAAGCGCUCAGCCACUGCCAGAGCUUCGGCGCGGAGGACGGCGCCAAGGUGUGCUGCAAUCCCUAUCACUACAGCCGUCUGUGCGGGCCAGAAUCACCUCCUCCCCCAUAUUCUGUGGCUCAUUCAGAUGAACAUAAGCUACUGGACUCAGCCCUGUCGUACACUGAAACUGCGCCCCCUCCUCUCUCCAGCCCACCCCACAUUAUGCCAAGAGACUACACAGACACUGGGACCUCCAUCGGCUCCUCGACCGCUGGCGGCCACCGCUCUCACUGGUGCAGUGUCGCUUACUGGGAGCAGCGAACGCGUGUGGGCCGCCUCUACCCGGCCCACGAGCCUUCACUCAGCAUCUUCUAUGACCUACCUCAGGGCACUGGCCUCUGCCUCGGCCAGCUCCAUGCCAACACCUACCACAGGUGCCGCGACGACCCGGGCAGCCGCGGCACGGUGGACCUUUACAGACAUCACAGCCACGGGGGCGCAGGAAACAGCAGCAGCAGCAGCAGUAUACGACAGAUUCGCAGUAAAAUUGGCUACGGCAUCGUGCUGAGUCGCGAGCCGGAUGGAGUGUGGGUGUACAACCGCAGCCAGCACCCUGUGUUUGUCCACUCGCCCACUCUGGACCCACCCGGCUCUCGUGGGCUGAGCGUGAAGAGAGUGAUGCCGGGUUUCUCCCUCAAAGUCUUCGAUUAUGAGUGCUCCAGCUGGAUGACAGCAAACGGUGUGAAGCCUGACAUCGAGGAGGGGCCCUGGGACCCCCACAGUGUCCAGAUCAGUUUUGCUAAAGGAUGGGGCCCUUGUUACUCCAGACAGUUCAUCACUUCCUGUCCCUGCUGGCUGGAGGUACUCCUGAACAACCACAGAUAGCACACAGACUCACAGUCCGGACUCAGUAUCCUCAAUGUAAUCCACCUAGAUUUAAUAUAAAUUUAUAUAUUAUACAAAAUAUAUUUUACAUGUAAAUACUUGAGUCAUUUUUACAAUGCAGUUAUUUAUGUAUAGUGUAAUGUGUAUAAAGACAACAUAAAAGGAACAAGAAUAUGCACUUUGAUUCUAUACAUGCAUUACAGAUUUUCAGUGUCUUUUUGCAAAUGUAAACUAUAAGGAAAAAAACUCAAUGUUCUCAUUCGUUUUCAUUUCUGACAAAACAUGUUACACAUUGUCAAUAAAAUAUUUGUAUUAAAUUAAAAUUUCCUGAUUGAGCAGAUA